AUGUCAAUUCAAUUACGCAAUGGUUUAGCUAACCAGACUCUAGAUCGGGUGUUGGAAGAUUUGUUAGUUCGAUUUGUUGUUAAUGUACCGGAAGAAGAUUUAUCUUCUAUUGAGAGAAUAAUGUUUCAGAUUGAAGAGGCUCAAUGGUUCUAUGCUGAUUUUGUUCGUCAGUUGAACCCCGAUUUGCCAAGCAUGAAGAUGAAGGCAUUCAGUACAAAAAUUUUAGAGAAAUGCCCACUUAUUUGGAAAUGGGGUGACCCACAGGAAGCAUUAUCUAAAUUUGGAAAAUAUAAAUCAACCAUACCAGUUCGUGGUGUUGCAUUAUUCAAUAAAGAUUUGAACAAGGUUGUACUAGUCAAAGGCACUGAAUCGAGUUCCUGGUCGUUUCCAAGAGGGAAGAUUUCCAAGGAUGAGUCUGAUAUUGAUUGUGCUGUUAGAGAAGUGGAAGAAGAGACAGGAUUCAAUUGCCGACAUCUAAUUGAUGAAAAUGACUGCAUUGAAAGAAAUAUAAGGGGAAAGAACUACAAAAUCUAUUUGGUCAAAAAUGUGCCGGAAGAUACAUUAUUUGAGACACCCACUUACGAGAUAUCGCAAAUCAAGUGGUUUGACAUUAAGACAAUCCAAAAAAAAUGCAAGACGAAUCCAAACACUUUUUUCAUUGUGGGGACGAUUUUGAAGCCAAUGAUUAAAUGGAUCAACAAGAACAAGGGUGUAUUGAAUGAGGAAGAAAUCAUGUUACAAGUUGAAUUGAAAUUGAAGGACUUGUUGGGACUUAAUGCUAAGGAGCCAGAAGAAAAUGUGGAUGCAGGCAGAGAGUUGUUGAAUAUUUUGCAAAAAGUUGGACAAAAGGAAAGCCAAUCUGCAAUAUCACCCACCUCUUCAUACCAAAAUACUGAUCAGCAACCACAGCAACCAAUGGUUAAUGUACCUGUUCCACAACAUCUUCAUAACCAAAUUCCCUUUUUUGCAGGAGCACACGCUGCUUUCCCAUUUUACAGCCAGCCUUUUUUCAAUCCUAUGUCGUUUAUGCCUCCACAGUUCAUGCCUCAUCAUCCCGCAUAUGUUAGCCCACAUAACCAACAGCCUCCUAAUCCUCAGAGCUUUCAGAAGCCCAAGACGAACUCGAAGGAGUUGUUAUCUAUUUUGACGACUAGAUCAGACAAGAAAAAGGACGACGAGAACACAAAACAGCGCAAGCCAGUGGAAGAUGAUACUAUCCGUUCCCGAGCACAACAACUAUUGAGCGUAUUCCCGAAAAAGCACAUUAAAGAAACCGACACCUCGCCUAAAUCAGAGAGCGAGAAUGAGCUCGCCAAGAAGCAUUUGUUGAAUUCCUUGCACAAGUCUGCAGCCCCGGAUGUGGGCACAACAGAAAUCAGAUCUCCUGGAGUGAGUCCCAUAAUAGACAAUUCUUAUCAAGAACCGUCCAAUGAAAUAGAAGAAUCAAUUCAAGCACAACGUCAACAAGUUCCAGUAACAUCAAGGAGAAAGAUAAAGUUACUAAAGAGAUCUGAUAAUGAAGCAUCUGCAAAUUUGUUGCUGUUAUUGGGACAGAAGAAGACAGACAACGUGGAUGAAACUAUCAAGAACCCCGAUGCAGCCACCGAGCUAUUGGGUUUACUUCAUAAGAAGCAGGAACAGAACCAAGAACCGUUGUCAAACACAGAGAGUGUUUUGCCAAAAAAAGAAGAGCAGCAAAACACUUCCAACGAAUUGUUGGCCAUGCUUAAAAAACCAACUGGUGAAGAUGAACCCACAAAAGAGUCACCAUCCCAAGAUUUGCUUGGCUUGCUUAAGAAGCGAGAGUCACGAGGAAGCGAAGAGAAAUAUCAAGCUUCUGGUGACCAGCUGACAGGGAUUCAUCUACCAAGUAACACACAGAGCGACUUGCAACCUCAACUCAACAAUUUAAACCCUUUACCAAGUUCCAUGGACUUUUUGUCAAGCUCAGAGCAGAAGCCACAGGUAUCUUCUGCUAAUCAAUUAUUGGGGUUGCUUCAUAAAAAUGACACCGAAAGAAAUAAACGUAUAACAUCUCCCAACGAGUUAUGGGGCACAAGUACCCCUGGUUCCACAAGGGGCUCCAAAGCUGGAGGAGACAACAAUGAUUCCAAUAAUGCCACUGGAGCUCCAUUCAUUAGUAAUGUGCUUUCUCCAAAUCUUGACAUUUGGACAAAUGACACGAAAACAUCGAGCUUGCUGGGCAGCCAGUUUCAAAUUCCCGAGCCAAGCAGGAGGAACAACCAGUUAUUGGAUCUUUUAAACAAAAAUAGAGAUGCGGUACCAGAUGCCCAAUAUUCUCAAUCAAAAUCAAACAACUACAACAAUGGAGGUAUAGAAAAUUCCGGAAGAGAUUCACCGUCUGAUGCAUUUGAAAAUUUUGAGGAUUUUGAAGACUACAACGAUGGAUAUCAGUUUAAUGACGAAUUUCUUGAUAAGACAUACAGGAAUUUUGAUAUCGCUAGUGACGAAGAGGAUGUCGAUUAUUUAAUUGACCCUUUGAUUGCACAUAAUGACAAACCACUGCAUCAAGACGACCACCAAGUUAAACCGUCUCUGGUGAAUAACCAGAACGACCGACCAAAAAAGAUAAGAAUUUUAAAGCCUGGUGAAAACAUAGACCAUCUUUUUGGUUCCCAAGAAAGCAACGAGCCUGGAAAGGGGUUAUUGGCUUUGUUAAAUGGUGGAAAGGCUCAGUAG